AUGCCCACAUUCGAUAGCAUGCCUGGUGACGACAGUGGACGCGCCGCGCCCGUCUUCAUCUAUACUGGACCCAAAGGCGAGCUGAUAUUGAAUACCAUGCUGACAGCGCCACAGUAUCCGAUGCAGGAGCCGGUGCCGGGGCAAGCGCUGUACCCGCCGAGUGUGCCCGUCUUUCGACCCAAACCCAUUGUGGAGCGCUUCCGCAUGCCGGGUAGCACACAAACUUUGAACCUUACGCUUAUACCUUUCUACGAGCACGAAGCAAUUGAUAUACGUCAGGCGGCACGUAUGUUGGAUCAUGAGCAAGCGCUGAAUCGAGGGUCAACCACUACUUCGCAUCCCACUGUGGUUUAUGCUGCGCCAGCUGCUAUGCCUCCCAUCGUGGAUUCGGCGACCGCAGAGUCUGUACCAACAGCGAAAAAGUUAAGCUUCAAACAAGGCAAACACUAUUCGGCGUAUCACUCGCCGAACGAGGUGCAGUGGACGCCGUUGACCACGGAUCAGCUGAGACUCGUCACUUCGACCACAACUCCCUUCCCGUUGACGGCGCCCAGUCCGCCACAAAACCAUCGCCUCGUCAAUGAUGAGGAAGUGACGCCCACAACACGACCUUCCUUCAGCAAUUACAAAAUCUCCUACGAAUCGGAGACAGACAGUAUGGAGGAUGACGUUGAAAAGGACGAGUUGUUAGUGGAUGGGGAUGGACUGCGGAUUAUGUAUGUCGACGACAGUCUCGAAAGACCAACUACACCCACGAAAGUGCCUAUGUUGAGCUCACGGUACUCACUCUCCAAGGAGUACUACGCUUUUCCGGUAUUCACGCUGGGCAAGCUAUUGAAGUCCGAAGCGGCAGGCGCUGAGAAACAGUUACCCACUUUUAUGGCACAAAAUACAAUUGAUAGUACGAUCCAGAAUGAGCAACAAGUGGAGGACAAGGGUGAAACGCUUGCAAAUGUGACUAGCGAUAACGUCGGCGAAGAAGAGAGUAAUGCAGAGGACGGUGAGGCGGAUGAUGUGGAGACUUGGUUCAUACUGAACUCCAGAUAUAAAGGACAGCAUAGACAAAACAACAAUGAAUAUCGGCUGUCUUCAAAAUACAUACAUACGACGGAUCUGAGAGAACCCGACGAGUGA